CAACAACUUCCCGCGAGCAGCCUCACACAUAUCAUCUACGCCUUCGCAGAUAUAAAUCCAGACACGGGGGAGGUCUUCCUCAGCAACCUGUUAGCAGAUACCGGAAGUCUUUCUCCGACUAGUAACAACCUCUAUGGCUAUCUGCAGCAGCUCUACGUGCUUAAGAAGAGGAAUCGCGGCCUGAAAGUUCUACUCUCUGUCGGUGGCACGACCUACUCACCACACUUUGCAUCACCAGCUUCAAGUGACUCCGGACGCUCGAAGUUUGCAACAUCCGUGCUCGCACUCAUUGAGAAUCUUGGUCUCGAUGGCGUGGAUAUCGACUGGGAAUACCCCGCCAACACCGCACAAGCUGCAAAUAUGGUGCUUCUACUGAAAGAGGUGCGGCAAACUCUUCUGCCAAACAAUUAUACUGUUACAGUAGCUUGUCCUGGGCCAUUUGGGUACACGCAUCUGCUCCCGGCCGAGAUAGACCAGCACGUAGACUUCUGGAACCUUAUGGCCUAUGACUACUCUGGGGGUUGGAGCAACGUCACUGGCGACCAAGCAAACCUCUUUCGUUCCGCGGACCAUCCAGAGAGCACGCCGUUUGACACUGAGUCAGUCAUAAACUACUAUGCCUCGCAUGGCGUAUCGCCAAACAGGAUCGUACUUGGCAUGCCUCUCUAUGGCCGCUACUUUAAUGGUACUGGUGGUCUUGGACAAUCCUUUUCCGGCUCCGGCACCUACAGCUUGAAGGAGCUCUCUUUAGAGGGGGCCAUUGUAUAUUACGACUGCAAUGCUGGCUCGAGCUAUAGUUACAGCGCUAGUCAGGAACAGCUUAUAAGCUACGAUAACGUCGAUGUAGCGAGACAGAAGGCGGCUUUUAUCAUGGACAGACUUGGCGGUGCGAUGUACUGGGAAAGCAGCGAUGAUGGCGUAGGAGAUGAAAGCAUAAUUCAAACCGUGUCAGGCAUUCUCCGGGGAGAGGGCAUAGGUCUUGACACCACUCCAAACCGGCUGCUGUAUCCAAACUCCACCUACGCCAACGUCCGGCAUGGCAUG